AUGUCAACUGUAUAUGCCUACACAGCGACUAGUGUGACAAACAUGAUGUCUUUGGAUCUAAGAAGUGACAACUGGACGAAACACGAACUGUUGAGAGCGAAUAGAAUUGGUCGCAUUGUAUUCGUAGAGUCAGAUGUAAAGAAUACGUUGGAUUCAACAUUCUGGAAUAACAACAUGGACUUUAUUGCUGAGAUGUUUGCUCGAUCAGUCGAGUUAAUGUUCCACAUGGGGCGCCAACUCACGUUCUCAUUGAGUCAUGUGCCAUUGACGGUGAUGGUUAUUCAACCUGGCCCUGAUGAUCGGUUGCCCAAUGCCAACAUGUUCCCACGCACAUUGACUGAGCUAUCAAUUGGUGGAGAGUUCAAUACAAUGCUCUGUGAUCUCCCAGACAGUCUGACAACACUAAGGAUUCAAUCGAGAGCAUGGGACCAGCCAAUUGCACCAGGGGCACUCCCACCCCGUCUCAAGAGAUUAUACUGUGGCAGAACAUUCAAUCAACUGAUAGCCGAUAAAACAUUCCCAAGAACACUUGAAUAUGUCCAGUUUGGUUAUUCAUUCGACAAACCACUCAACAGCAACAACCUUCCCGAAUCGGUCACCGAUAUCUCUUUUUUUAGAUACAGCCAUCCAUUCAGUCAUCGUACGUGUGUCCGUCUUGAUAUGGGCGGGACUUCAAAGUUUGCUCAUGGCUUGGUGUUCCCCAGCCUCACACACUUGCGGACAAAGGUGGAUCCUGCUGUUCUGAUCGCAUCCUCAUUCCCAUCACUCAGAACACUUGAUUACUCUGGAUGGUGCCACUACCUGGUGGACUACUCGACACUUCCUCACACACUGACUGAGCUGACGACCCAUGAGACGCGACCAAUCGUAUCUUUCACUCAAGGUCUCCAUACAUUGGAUAUUCGAUGUGAGUCUGGCUUCCGAAUGACCAACACGACAUUGCCUCAAUCACUUCGAACACUGACACUAAGGAGCUAUCACCAUCCCAUUGAGGCCGCUUUGUUUCCACCAUCUCUAACAUCACUCAAUGCCAUCAAAUGGACACAUCCUCUUCAUCCAAACCAACUACCUCCUUCAAUACAAAUGGUGAGCAUCAUUCACAACCAUGAGAAUGGUGAUCAACAUCUGGAGCAGAUGUUGGCAUCGACAUCAUUGUUCCACAUCAAGAUUAAUAUACGAUCGAUUGGACGUGUGUUCGCCAUUGAGCUCUGUCGAAUCAGUGACACACUCUUCCUCAAGUAUGACAGGUCCAUUCUCAGUCAGGUCACUGAAUGCUCAUUCAUCGGCAUAGACUCCAUAAUGGCAAUGUACCAUAAAUCAAAAGUUGCGCCAACUUAA